UUCAAUGUUCCGAUGAUUCAUCAGUGUGUGUCAGUCCCCAGAGAGAGGGAGUUUUCUCUGCGUCUUUUUCAUAUUAUAAUUAAUUUAUAUCAUCGAACGACAGAUAGUUAAUCUUAUUAUUUAACGGUGUAUGAAUGCGCCACGUAACUAAAUUCACCGAGUGAGUGAAAAAAAAAAAAAAGCGACGCAGAAAAACUGAAGUGUGAUGAAGGUUGUGGCAGAGUGAGUGACUUGUGAGUGAUAUAAUACUAAAGAAUCAAUCGGUAGUUCUUGAUUGCAUUCGUAGUAGCUAUGGAACACGUUCUUGAACCAGCACCGUCGGUUAACUCAACAAACCCGCCGCCUAUACCGCCUCCGGUGAACACGGUGGCGCCUUUUCUGAGCAAAACAUACGACAUGGUCGAUGAUCCUUCCACCAAUGAGGUCGUUUCUUGGAGCAGCGGGAACAACAGCUUCGUCGUCUGGGACGUUCCCGAGUUCUCCAAGGUGUUUCUGCCUAAGUACUUCAAGCACAACAAUUUCUCCAGCUUCGUCAGACAGUUAAACACAUAUGGAUUCAGAAAAGUUGAUCCAGAUAGAUGGGAAUUUGCAAACGAGGGAUUUCUAAGAGACCAAAAACAACUACUAAAGGGUAUUACAAGGAGGAAAUCGUCCCAUGUGCAGCAGCAGCAGAACCAUCAAGUCCAGAACUCAUCUCUCACCGCUUGCGUCGAGGUAGGGAAGUUUGGAAUAGCAGAAGAAGAAGUGGAAAGACUCAAGAGGGAUAAGAAUGUUCUUACGCAGGAAAUCGUCAGGUUAAGGCAUCAACAACAAGCUACCGAACACCAGCUGCAGGACGCGGUACAGAAAGUUCAGGCGAUGGAGCACAGGCAGCAGCAAAUGAUGUCGUUUUUAGCCAAAGCUGUUCGGAGUCCAGGUUUCUUGAACCAGUUAGUAGUAGUACAACAGAGUAAUGAUGGUGGCAGGCAGAUUCAGGGAAGCAGCAACAAAAAGAGGAGGCUUCCUGAGGAGGCUGAUCGUCAGAUUGUUAAGUAUCAGCCAUCGAUAAACGAAGCAGCACAAACUAUGCUUCGGCAGUUCUUGAAUAUGAGUAGCUCAAAUGAGUCUGAAUCGGUUUCAGACAAUCCUGGAAGUUUUCUCUUAGGUGAUGUUCCCAGUGCUAACUCUCUGAACUCCUCUAACACAGUUUCUGGAGAAACACAGGCCGAGGUUUCACCUGACUCGGCUCAUUCAGCAAUGAAUCAAGUACCUGAGGCAGGUUUGGCUCAUCAUCCUCAAGCUGGUCUGGUUCAACCAACAGACCAAGGAGUAGUAGCUGCAGCUUCUUGGAGCCCUGAAUCUGAAUUAUUAGUUGGAUGCGAGACGGGUAAUGGAGAGUGUUUGGAUCCAAUAGUGGCUGCUUUAGGUGAUGCAGUUACUCCUGAAGGUGAGGGAGAGAUGAAAGCGUUACUGAACGAGGUCCCUGAGCUACCUGGAGUACAAGACCCAUUCUGGGAACAGUUUUUUGCUGAUGAAGCCCCGGUGAGUGGAGAGACUGACGAGACUGUAACAGGGUCAGUGGAGAAUAGUGACCUGGCGAUGGAGCAAGAACUAAGCGAGUGGACUAGGGAUCAACAACAAGUGAACCAUAUUACUGAACAAAUGGGUUUUCUUUCUUCUGAAACACAUCAUGGAGGUAAGAAUGAAAAGCAUGUUGUUCUCUGCAUUAUUGUUCUGUCUUGGGAGUUAUCAUUUGUUUCUCGUUUUCAGGGGAGGUUGUGAAGGGGAUAUGAACGAAGGAGGAGGAAAUAUAUCAUAUAACACUUUUGACUUUGGCAUGCAUGCGUCUACUACCA